CUAAUAAUAAAUAGAAAAUCAUUUGGCUGAUUUUCGCAACUUAGAAAAGGAACGACAGAACAAUUUCCCUUUGUCUUCGGAAGAGAAAGGAAUCCCUUGCCAGCUGUAACUCUGUUUCGCUGCGUUUCAUUCUCAGCUUCCCCGUUCGUUCCCUUGAUUAUUCGAUUGAUCUUUCCCUUCCAAUGGCAACAGUCACUGACAACAAUAACGCCAACCCUGCACCGGAAAACCCUAACAAAACCCUAGACCCCACCUUACCAGAUCCAGUUCUUGUCGCCACCGAGGCUGCCGAAGAUACCGACGCCACGGAGGCUGCCGAAUCCAAGACUUCUCCGCCGCCCGAAGCCGGAAACGAUGCCCCGCUCUCUGAUAUUCAGAAGAAGAUUCGCCGCGCCGAGCGAUUCGGUAUUUCCGUCCAGCUCUCCGAGAAAGAGAAGCGCAAUUCCCGAGCCGAAAGGUUUGGCACUGCUCCCGCUUCUCAGGGAUCAGAGCCGUCAAAAUCUGAGGAGUUGAAGAGGAAGGCCAGGGCAGAGAGAUUUGGAAUGCCUAGUCCUACUACAGCUGCAGAUGAAGAGGCAAAGAAGAAAGCACGACUUGCUAGGUUUGCACCCGCUUCCAAAGUUGAUCCUCUAGAAGAAGAUAAAAGGAAAGCUAGAGCACUUAGGUUUGCGAAUUCAUCAUCAACUUCUAUAGCUAGUGGUAAUGGCGAAGGAAACAUUGAGCCGGUAAGAACUUUUGGUCACUUCCAAUGCUUUGAGUUAUAUAGAGACAAAUUUACGGGUUUGUUUGUUUGAUUUCUGUUUUCGAAACAGAGUUUAGUUUUCAAAACACAACUAAUAAAUGGUUGUUCAGACAGAUGGUGCAGGACACGAAGUUUAGUGUAAUUGAGGAAAAUGUUGGAAAGAGUGAAAAACUAAAGAACAAUAGAAAACGUAACCCUAACUGUUUCUCUCUUUUAGUUUUAAUAUCAUUUAUUCUGGAAACAAUUUUCCAAACUCUGGAUGAAGGAUUUGAUUUCCAAGCAAUGAAAAAUAAAAUUACUUUGAGAACUGUUUCUUCUAAUUAACAGUGAGAAGGGAAUCAAUGAAGUCCGAUAUUGUUGUGGUGAUUGCUCUUUUUGUUGUGUUUCCAACUAGAAGGCUGCUAUUGCAGGCAAAGCUGGAGGAGGUACCUGAAUGACUGGUUGCGUAGUUAAUUGUAGGAAAUUUUCUUGUAAGUGAAUGAUCCUUUGCUCCUUAUGCCAUCCUUUGUUUUUGUAUGUUGCGUGUGUUCAAUUCUAGCCUGAUUUGUGAUGUUAAAUUCAAAUUUUAUUCAUGAGAUUUUUCCCUUGACUUUUUCUGCAGUUUUUAGUUUAGCAGUUCAAGAUUUGCAGAGCAACCUCCACAUCAUUUCUACUUUUCAGCGUAUUAAUCCUGGACACGUCUUUAAUAUGUUUGCUGAUGCCUUUAGCUAUGAGAUAAAAGAGAUUCAAGUGAUCUGAAGAAACUUGUUUUCUAUUUUAGUAUUGGCUUCAUAGGUGACAGCUUUGGGGUAAUUUUGUCCAUCUUCAUUGGGUUACUUAUCUUAAAAUUUGCGGAAGUUUUGAAUUUUGGAAUCUACAGCUUAAAAGUCUAAUGAUCGAAGGUAUGCAGGAACAAAGCUUUUGAAAUUUCAUCCACCCUCUGUUUCUAAUGCAUUGCUUAUGAAAUUUGCCUUUGUCAUUGUGCCAGAAGGUAGUACCAGGUAGUUUUUUAAAUCCAACAUCAUGCUGAUCCAGUCUACUAUUUAGGAAAAUUAUGUUGCUUAAUAUGUCGUUGAGUAAUGAUGAUUGAAUAAGAAAAUAUGCCCUCAAAUAGAGGCAUGUGCGCUGGAUAAACUUGUUAUAUGCUGUUUACAUUUUUUGGGCAUUGUGGGGGAAGUGGGGGCUAGAGUUAGUUAAUAUGUCGUCAUUAGUAAUGUUUGAUUCACUUCUCUUCUAUGAUUUUCCAAUGGCUAUAGUAGUAAUUGCUCUUCAAUCCAGGAAGAGGGGGGGAUCAUGGGAAUACUACUGUGGCUUGUGUGUGGAAUUACUUUUCUUGGAUCAGUGUUCUUUAACUUGUUAAUGUGUGUUUAUGCGUCAUUAGCCAUUUUUAGAUUUUCAUCGUGAUUAGAUCUUAUGAGAGUUGUAGCUAUUAAUGCACAUCGCAUGGAUUAGAAGCAUGUUUCUCGAGAAUGGAUCAAUGGAUUAUGUUUUGGUGCGUGUAGAUAUGUUAAUUUGUUUGGUCUAGAGCUAGUGCACAACUUUAAUGGAUCAGCUGAAUGUUAAAGCUCAAGUUCCUGGUAUUAUCUUCUGGCAUUCAAGAAAAAAAAUGAGGGUGAAUACUGGUAAGCUGAAUAUUCGAAGUGAAACCCUGAAGGCGAUGCUGGAUUGUGUAAACGUUUUAAUGGGUGUUUUAAAAAUGGGUUUAUUUUGAAGGCUGUGGCUUCCAAUUUUUAUCAUCUUUGUUGUUGCUUUAAGAUAAGUCAACCCGAUGAAGAUGUUUAGUAGUUUACUUGAUUGCCAUAAUUUAGAGUUGCACAUUUGUAGGGCUUGAUGUGGAGGGAACUCUUUACAUAUUGUUUUAAUAUCACUCCCUUGUAAUUUA